UGACAGGAGUGUGGAGGGGUAUGGAAGGCUAUGGUCCAGGUGCAGGUUGAUGGGAUUAGGCAAUUUAAAUGGUUCAGAACAGCCUAGAUGGGCCAAAGGUCCUGUUUCUGUGCUGUACUUUUCUAUGAUUCUAUAUUUAUCUGUGAUAAACAUUGAUUAUGUGAUGAAUACGUGUCAUUUUCUUCUAUUGACAGGCAUCCCUGCUGUGGUGGUGUCUUUGUGCAUUGCAGUGGACAAGGACAAUUAUGGACAAUUUCAAAUCAAAAUGCAGGACAAUAACAGCUCUGUUUCCAUGUGCUGGAUAAGAAAUAAUAUAGUCCAUUAUGUUACAAACUGUGGUUUUUUCGGCAUGAUAUGGCUUUUGAACCUGACAAUGCUAAUCACCGUCUGUGUCAAGCUAGCUCAGAUGAGAAAAGGAUUCGGUUCUGUGUCCAGAUCUGUGUGGAAGGAUCUGUGGACAGUCCUCAGCCUCAGUUAUUUGCUGGGCAUCACGUGGGCUUUGCCAUUUUUUUCACAUGGACCAAUGUACUUGGUUCGAACGUACCUGUUCUGCAUCUUAAACUCCUUGCAAGGGUUUUUUAUAUUCUUGUGGUACUGCACUAUAAAACUACCAUCCAAAGAGCAAACUACAAAUUAUACAUCAGAUAAGUAAAGAAGGCAC